CCCAUUCCACGUGGUGCAAAUAUGUCGUAAGUUAUUGUUUAACUCAGUCAGAAGAAAAAACAAAAAGCACAAGUAAAUAUAAUAGCGUUUGGUGUUACAUGAGCUAACGCCACUUUUACAUGUUUAUACUCCGUUAUGACUUAAGGUGUCGCUAUUCACCAACAAUAGAUUCCAACGUGAUAUAGUCGUCAGCCUUUCCCCAUCCACCUCCUGACGAGAGCAGAAGGCAGACAAACCCGGAGAUUCGUCGAAAAACGUCGGGCUAUCAAGGGCUGAUGGUCUUUCCCUUUUUUCGAUCGAAUACAUUUAUUUAGACGAGGAUAUAAAUAACGAAAUCAUAUUUUAUAUUAUUACAUACUUGAUUUACAAGGAUGGAAUACAAAGGAUUGGGUCUUUGCGUGUUUUCAUUCGUAUUAUCUGCGCUGAAUCACGUUCAUGGCGACCUGGACUAUACUGUUCAAGAGGAGAUGAAGGGUGGAUCUGUAAUCGGGAAUAUCGCCAAGGACCUGGGACUUACAUUGGACGUAUUGUCUGCUCGGAAGGCUCGUAUUGAAACAGAAGAAAACGAACGGAGGUAUUGUGACGUCAAUCUUCGGAGCGGAGAGCUCAUUGUUUCAGAGAGAAUCGACCGAGAGGAACAAUGCGGAGAAAGGCCUUCGUGUGUUCUUAAAUUCGAGCUGCUUUUAGAAUCACCAUUAGAAUUGCACCGUGUAUCACUACAGAUACAAGACAUAAACGACAACGCACCGAGUUUCCCAACUGACAGAAUAAAGCUGGAAAUCAGAGAAUCGGCUGUCAAAGGAGCGCGGUAUCGCGUCGAUGCGGCUCAUGAUGAAGAUACGGGCCAAAACGGUGUUCAGACUUACACUCUUAAACGGAAUGACCACUUUCUGUUCAAUAUACAAACGUCAAGUGAUGGGACUAAAUUUGGAGAAUUACUUUUAGAAAAGGAGUUAGAUAGAGAAGAGCAGAAGGAAAUCAAAUUAUUACUUUCGGCUCUGGAUGGUGGUUCUCCCCAGAGAUCAGGCACGGUAGCGAUAGACGUCACUGUGUUGGACGCUAAUGAUAAUGCCCCAGUGUUUAGUCAGGUCGCGUAUGAGGCCAGUCUGCCUGAAAACACUGCGAUUAGAACCCCUGUAAUCACCGUUAGCGCUUCUGACGCAGACGAGGGUGUUAAUGGAGAAGUUACAUACGGACUAGGACGGGUGUCUGAAAAGUCACGAAAACUGUUCUCCCUUGAUCGACAGACCGGAGAAAUAUUUGUUGCAGGUGAUAUAGACUUUGAGGAGGGAUCAAAAUAUGAGAUUAUUGUUCAGGCAAAAGAUGGGUUUGGUAUUUCUUCAGACGCUAAAGUAAUUGUAAGAAUUACCGAUGUUAAUGACAAUUCCCCUGUCAUAGCCUUGAAAUCGUUGUCCAAUCCAGUACCAGAAAAUGCAUCACCUGGUACGGAGGUGGGAAUUAUCAACGUGCAGGAUAGAGAUUCAGAGAAAAACCGUAAGGUUAGGUGUUCUCUUCAGCAAGAUGUUCCUUAUAAACUUAUUCCUUCAAUUAAAAACUAUUAUUCGUUGGUAACAACAGAGAAACUAGACAGGGAACUAGUGUCUGAAUACAACAUUACAAUAUCCGCCACCGAUGAGGGCUCUCCUCCUCUGUCGUCAGUCAAAGUUGUUCACAUCUCAAUAGCUGACGUCAACGACAACCCACCUGUGUUUGAGGAACAGUCGUAUAGCAGUUAUGUCCCUGAGAAUAACAAACCGGGUCACAGCCUGUGUUCUGUUAAGGCCAAUGACCCAGACUGGAGACAAAAUGGUACAGUGAUCUAUUCUCUUUUACCUGGUGAAGUAAACGGUGCUCCAGUCUCCUCUUAUUUAUCUGUUAAUGGAGACACCGGAGUGAUCCAAAGUGUCAGGUCAUUUGAUUAUGAACAGUUUAGGAGUUUUAAAGUCUAUGUAAUGGCACGAGACAACGGUUCUCCUCCGCUCAGCAGCAACGUGACUGUGAGUGUCUUCAUAACGGAUGUAAAUGACAACACUCCUCAGAUUCUUUACCCCGCCCCAGAGGGAAACUCCUUUAUGACUGAACUGGUGCCCAAAGCUGCACAAGGAGGUUCUCUGGUUUCCAAGGUGAUAGCAGUUGAUGGGGACUCUGGACAGAACGCCUGGCUGACUUAUCAGAUCAUUAAGUCCACUGAUCUGGGACUUUUCAAAAUCGAUAUGCACAGUGGGGAGAUCAGGACCCAGCGAGACAUUUCUGAUUCUGACAACAUGAAACAAAACAUUGUAGUCGCUGUAAAGGAUAACGGACAGCCCUCCCUCUCUGCUACAUGUUCCAUGUUUUUACUGAUUUCUGAUAACUUGGCUGAAGUACCAGAACUGAAGGACAUGGCUUUUGAAGAAAGCAGUACUAAAUUGACAUCUUAUCUGAUCAUCGCGCUGGUAUCCGUCUCCACCUUUUUCCUGACAUUCGUUAUAAUCAUUCUGGGAUUGAGGUUUUGUCGGAGGAGAAAGCCCAGACUGUUAUUUGAUGGAGCGGUUGCUAUUCCUAGCUCUUAUCUCCCUCCAAACUACGCAGAUGUGGACGGCACUGGAACUUUACGUAGCGCAUACAAUUAUGAUGCGUAUUUAACCACUGGAUCUAGAACAAGUGACUUUAAAUUUGUCACAUCUUACAAUGACAACACACUGCCUGCUGAACAGACCCUGAGAAAAAAUCCAACAGACUUUGAAGAAGCGUUUGGAGAUCUUGAUGUUUCCCCUGAGGUAGGCAUAAUCUAGAGUUUCUUCCUGAUAUUUUCUUAGAUCCAACAUAAAAAAUGUUCUUUGUAAUUAUUCAUUGUUUUACACUUGCUCAUUGAUAAGCAUUUGCAACACGGAGACAAAGUUUGAAAUGUGAGGCAGAUAGUGGCUUGGGUAUUUGACUCCCAUCCAAAUGGUUUUGUGUUCAUACCCCAAUAUCACGCACGUUUGGAGCAGGAGCAAAUCAAUUAGGAAACUCACAGGGUGCUUCAGAGAGGCUGAUAAAAUGUUAGCGUUAUAAUGGAAUGAAUCAAGGGAACCAUUUUACGAUUGCAACCUUUGCUUGAGUUGAAUGGUGUUGAGUACAAGAUCAGGCAGUUAAUUUGAACUAUUGUAGUCCUUUAAGGUAAAGAUAAACCUGUUGCUCCUUGUGAACAUUCGAUUAAUGAAAUAAAGUCUUAAUUUCUUAAUAAAUGUAUUUGAAGUGAAAAUAGUAUGGAGAUUAAACUAAUCUUCAGGUAAUAAUUUAUUUCUCAAAUGAGCAUAGAUAAAAAAAUGUGCAGGUUAUAUGUUAGUAGGUAUAAGAAUA